CUAAACAGUUGGACAUGGUAACCCUAGUUUUAAUAUAGCUGAAGAGCUGAAAUCACUCUCUCUCUCUCCCCCUACCCACCCCCAAUCCCACCGGGCUUCACCGAAUCACGCCACCGAUGGCUGAGAAGGGAGGACAGAUUGUUCCGGAGUCUGUUUUGAAGAAACAGAAGAGAGCCGAGGAAUGGGCGUUGGCCAAGAAGCAGGAGGUUGCGGCGCUCAAGGAAAAGAAAUCGGCAAACAGGAAGCUGAUUUACAACCGAGCGAAGGAGUACGCCAAGGAGUACGCAGCGCAGGAAAGGGAGCUCAUUCAGUUGAAGCGUGAGGCGAGGUUGAAAGGAGGGUUCUAUGUGAACCCAGAAGCUAAGCUGCUGUUCAUCAUUCGUAUUCGUGGUAUUAAUGCGAUGCAUCCAACGACAAAGAAGAUUUUGCAGCUGCUCCGUCUGCGUCAGAUUUUUAAUGGAGUGUUCCUAAAAGUUAACAAGGCAACGGUGAAUAUGCUGCACAGGGUCGAGCCAUACGUCACUUUUGGGUACCCCAACUUAAAGAGUGUGAGAGAAUUGAUAUACAAGAGGGGGUUCGGCAAGGUCAACAAGCAGCGCAUAGCUUUGACAGAUAACUCAAUUAUUGAACAGACUCUUGGCAAACAUGGCAUUAUCUGCAUCGAAGAUCUUAUCCACGAGAUCCUGACGGUUGGCCCUCACUUUAAGGAGGCUAACAACUUCCUCUGGCCAUUCCAACUAUCGGCCCCCUUGGGUGGCCUCGAGAGGAAGAGGAACCACUAUGUUGAAGGUGGAGAUGCUGGCAACCGUGAAGAUUACAUAAACGAGCUCAUUAGAAGAAUGAACUGAGAUUGAACUUAAGAAUGAACUAAGUCUUUCUAUUUUGUUACAUUUAAAUAGAUUCUUUCUCUUAAUGGUACGAUUUUGGGCUUGUUUUCUGGAUAAUUUUGUGAUAAACCUUUUAUUUUGACCA